AUGCAAAAAAAUGAUUCCUCUAAUGGAAAUUUGCCAUGCACAAUAGAGGGAAAUAAAUCUAAGAUUGAUAAUUAUGAAUUUUUGUCAAUUUUAAGGAAGGACUGGCUUGAAGGGAUAGAUAUUUCCCAAAUGAAGUCCCAGUUCAGCUCCUUCAACUUUUACCAAGUGGUAAAUUGUAUAGAUAUUUCAAUUCCGAAGCAUAGAGUUGAAGAUUCUUCAUUUGAUAAUGACGAGUUUGAUGAAGAGGAUAAUUUUAAGCAUAAGAAGAAGGUCUCUAAAAGUAGAAGAACAACAAGGAUGUUGAAACUUACUUUGUUCGAUGGAAAUUCCAAAGUUAUAGCCUUUGAAUAUGAACCGAUUGGUGCUUUUGAUAUGUUUUAUGAUAACUCUUUUAACAAAAUGUCCAGGUGUUGUGUUAAGAUUCUUGUAUAUAACUCAGUGGUUUCCAGUAGAAAUACACUUUGGCUUACUAACUUUAACGUUAAACUAUUGUUUGAGGGUUAUUCCUGUAAAUUCCACCCCUCCGAUUCUUUGAUCCAUUCCAGCACCGAAAAGACUAUCAGUACCAAUAAUGCUAUUAAUUCUGUGGUAUUCAACACCAUUAACAAUGUUAAUCAUACUCUGAACAGUAUCACCAACACGAACAACUCAGUAACUGCUAAUGAGAAUGGAUUUGAAAUUGAUCAAGACGUUAUUGAUAUGGCCACUCAGUACCUUGAUACCAAUGCUCAAUUUAGUCAGGACUAUGGCACACAAAUUUCUAACAGUCAAGUUACCACAAAAGAUAGUCAAAACAAUAAGAACACUAGUAUUCCUCCUUUAGUUGACUAUUUUCCUCCAGAUUCAGGCUAUUUAGAUCACAGUUUCUUGUGUUUCGUCAAGAACCGUGACUUGACUUACAAUAAUGAAACCUUUAUAAGGUUCUCAAAGGAAAGAUUUUCGAAUAUUUUCAAGGACAAACCUGUAGAGUUAUCUGAUGUUUGUAGGUUUUUUAACCCCUCUACCACUGUAGGAUAUGUUCCAUCUUAUGUUGAAAAACAUAAUAUUAACUAUUUGUUCGGGUUUCUGAACCAUUCUUCUGUUGUCGUCUUUGAUGACUGUGAUCCUUUCUGUAAAUGUCUUGCUAUUAUUGUUCAGUCUGUUUAUGGGACUCUUCAUAAAAACGUUUGGCUUUCAGUUUUUGAUGAUUGUUUCAACUCCCAUUUUUGUAUUUUCGAUCUUGAGGUUUUCCCUUUCAUUUCACCCUUUUCUCAUCAACUCUCAACUUCACUUGAAUUAAAUUCUCUUGAAGGCUUCUUUCUCUUCGAUGAUUGUCUUGUUCAGGGGCACAAUGUUAGGGUUUUGAGGGAUUUUUCCAGGAACUUACCUCGUGAGCAGGCCAUUCAGAUGAUCGAUACUUUAAACUCAGAUUUUGCCAAUGCAAAACGAGAAUAUAGUUAUUAA